AUGCACGGAGCGAGCUGGCUUGACGAGAAGUCCCAUCACGACACGGUGCUGGAGCUGUUCGCAAUUCUAGGGUACCUGUUCCCGCAAGGCGUAGUGGCAGAGGUAGGAGCUGUGGGGAGAACCUCGGUGAAGCGCUGGGACCUGGACUUACUACAGAAAGUCGCGCUUGCUGCGACCACCCACGCAGCCACAGAAGCAGGGAAGAGCUGCGAACUCCUACUGGCGCGCUUGAUGUUAACGCUUUCGCGCAUGAAUUUUGUGUACGACCCACUAUUCGCCGCACUCUGCGACCGUGUUGGUCCCCUGAUGGGUGGUGUCUCAUGUACAGAACGUUUGCGUCUGCUUUUUGCGUGAAGAAGAACUAGGAACUUCGUUGAGUGCUCUUUUUUCCAGCCGUAGGAAUAAAGAUUAGUUUUUCUGGAAAUAGCGCUAUGACAAAAGGGGUUCUCACCUGCCCGCAUGAACACAACCAAACAAACCAGACCGCCUGAUUUGUGGGGGAGUGCUGAAAUAUCUUUUUGUAUGUCAACUUCAAAACUCUGCAGGUGGUCCCACGCUGUACGACUUGGCAAUGAUGCUCGCCAACCGAAGCUACUUCACCGAGAGAAGCGAAGAUCUUGGUCUAGUUCUGCUCGCAGACGUAUCAAAUGCAAAUAUGUCUGGGUGAGUGCCUGUGUUUGCCAUGGUGAUUUUGGAUGCAGUCCCAUGAGGACCACUGCGAUGCGGGGCAUAGCAUCACAGGUUUUGUGCGGCCUUUGUAUAUGAAUGUGUCGCGUGAGUAGACAUACCGUCUCAAAAAUAGCAGGGCCGCCAAAUACCGCACUUCUUACGCUAGAAAUUUUUGUUUGAUUUGUGGAACGCAGUACAAUUUGCAACCUUUCCGAGUGGACCCAGACGUAUUUGCAAUGCAUAAGGCGUCAUCCGAGCGGCCCUCCCAUUACUGGAGCAAUACAAUCGAGAAACCACGGUGGGAGGUCAGAUGUUGCUGUUCAAGCCCAUCCUCUGGGCAUGCUCCAGCUUCAACCACUUCGAUGAGCCGUUUUUGACGGUGGUCACGCAGAGCCUUCUGGGAGGCAGCACGAAUGUUGCGUCUGCUGCGCCACCGCAGGAACUACAUGGAGGCUUCUGCGCCGACCGAGCUGCCCGACCUGUCGUCGUCGAAGACUGCAAGACAGCAGCACAUGAUACCUCCGGCAAGAGCAGCCUGGUCAAUUUGCUCACUGCAGGAGAGCUGGCAGACUUAAUUCGCAGUUUCGGUCAGUUGAACUGGCGCACAGCUGUCGUGGCAGGACGAAAGUCGACUACUUCAGUCGACGAAGUUUCGGAUAGUAAAGGAGCGGUACCUGCUGCCUCUGUACCGGGUCAGACUGCGGAGCCGGAACAAGCACAAUUGGCCGAUGAGCAGGC